UACAGCGCUGGUCACGGCGUGCCAGAGCAACACCGAACCCCCACAUCCCUGCAGCUGCACUCCACACCAGCCUCCACGACAAGGAAGAGGGAGAGAACGACAUAGAGAGAGAGUAAGAGAGAGAGAGUGAGGGAGCCGGAGGGAGACACUGCUUGGGUGAUGCGGAGGGUCUGCAGGAGCGGCUGAGCGCACCGACCCCCCCCGACCCCAGCCGCAGGGACAGCACACAGAGCGCCCCUCGGAGGGGACUGUAGUUUCGGCCCCUAGCAGAGGAUGAAGAAGCACUCCGCCAGAGUGGCUCCCCUCAGCUCCUACAGCACCCAGGUCCUGACCUGCCCGGUCUCCGAAGGAGAGGAGGGCUCAGACUCCCACGCUGAGACGCCGGCGAGCGAGGCCAGCGGGGAGCGCUCUCAGUGCCAGUCGUGCGCCGGCGCGGCGCUGAAGGUCCUGGGCGGCCUGCUGGUGGUCCUGUUCGUCUCGUCCUCCUGGGUGGGCACCACGCAGGUGGUCCAGCUCACCUUCCAGUCCUUCUCCUGCCCCUUCUUCAUCACCUGGUUCAGCACCAACUGGAACAUCCUCUUCUUCCCCCUCUAUUACUCCGGGCACCUGGUCACCACGCGAGAGAAGCAGACGCCUAUCCAGAAAAUCAGGGAAUGCAGCCGGAUAUUUGGGGAGGACGGACUCACCCUCAAACUGCUCCUGAAGCGGACAGCGCCCUUCUCCAUUCUGUGGACCCUCACCAACUACCUGUACCUUCUGGCCCUGCGCAAACUCACCGCCACCGACGUCUCUGCCCUCUACUGCUGCCACAAGGCCUUCGUCUUCCUGCUGUCCUGGAUUGUGCUGAAGGACCGCUUCAUGGGCGUGCGGAUUGUGGCUGCAAUCAUGGCCAUCACAGGCAUCGUUAUGAUGGCCUAUGCAGACGGUUUCCAUGGCGACUCCAUCAUAGGCGUGGCCCUGGCUGUGGGCUCCGCCUCCACAUCUGCCCUCUAUAAGGUGCUGUUUAAGAUGUUCCUUGGCAGUGCCAACCUGGGUGAGGCAGCACACUUCUUCUCCACUCUGGGCUUCUUCAACCUGAUCUUCAUCUCCUGUGUGCCCCUCAUCCUCUACUUCACCAAGGUGGAGCACUGGGGCUCGCUCUCCACUCUGCCCUGGGGCUACCUGUGUGGAGUGGCAGGGCUCUGGCUGGCGUUCAAUAUCCUGGUCAAUGUGGGACUGGUACUGACUUACCCUAUCCUCAUCUCAAUCGGGACAUUGCUCAGCGUGCCAGGCAACGCAGCGGUGGACGUGCUGAAGCACGAGGUGAUAUUCAGCGUGGUGCGCCUGGCCGCCACCUGCAUCAUCUGCCUGGGCUUCCUGCUGCUGCUGCUGCCCGAGGAGUGGGACUCCGUCACGCUGCGCUUCCUGGCCACCUUCGCUGACAAGAAGGGCGAGGACCACGGCGAGGAGCUGACCGAUUCCAGCGCCCACACACGCAGCCGCAGCCGGGCCAACGGAGCCGUGUCCAUCCCGCUGGCAUGACACCCCCCCCACCCCCCCGACCCCCUGACCCGUCCUGACCUCCCACAACCCCUACCACCCCGCCCCGCACGUGUUCCCAAUCCCCAGCUAGGGGUCGGAGGCUGAGAAGGAAGCAGGAAGUGGCGGUGGGAACGUGUAACGCAGAACAGCGAAGAGAAAUCUGCAGCCAUUUCCUUUAAGGACUUUUAGCGCAAUGGAGACCUCCGAGUGAGCCGAGGGGACUUAUCGACCUGAGUUCGCCGAAGCAAAGGCAGUAUUUUGUUUGAAAUACCACCUGGCCGCACCCAACCCUCCCUUCGCACGACCUCUCCUCUCCACACCCCCGACCCCCACCCUCUCCCCCCUCCCUCAUCCUGCACUCAAACUGUAUUCUGUGAAUAUAAUUAUUGACUGGGCCGGUAUGGCUCAAUCUUAUCUGUAUUAAUUGAACGCAUUCAGAAAUAUAUCAAUAGGGACUAUAAAAAAAAAAUGUCUUAAUAGUA